AUGGAGAACAGAUCCACACGAAAAUAUAAAAGUGAAGAAGGCACGCGCGCUACGCAAAAGUCGUUCCUGUCACCACCUGAGAAGGUGGUGACAAGGAAAGUGGCCAAGGAGCUGCUACUGACGUCGUCGCGUCAGGUUUCGGCAACCUCUACAAGACCAGCGGCGACGUCAGUAGCUCAAGCAACGUCGUCAUCACCAACGGCAGCAACGACGUCGUCAUUAAGAAUCAAUCAGGCGGUGCAUCGCCUUCUACAGAAGGAGAGGCGCAAGGAGCAGCGCCAAAGCAAUCGAAAAUAUGCCGGCGAUAUGUACGUACCACCAACGUAUGUACCACCGGCAUACGCAAUGCAAAGUUAUAUGCCGGCACCUGGGUACAUGCCUGGACCGGGAUACGUACCAGCAGUACCGUCCGCACCAGUAGGGUGCAUACCCGCACCGGCGGGAUACGUGUCGGCACCGGCAGGAUACAUCCCAGCACCGACAGCAUAUGUGCCGCCGGCACCGACAGGAUAUGUCCCGGCACCAACAGGAUAUGUCCCGGCACCAACAGGAUAUGUGCCUUCUGCAUAUAGCACAUAUAUGUAUAAACCUUUUUAA